AUGUCGUACGGGGAUUUACUCGCACCGCCGCCGUCGUACGCGGACAGCGUGAUGUACGCGCAGCCUGAGAUUCAACCAGCGCGCGAUGUCGGGGCGAACGCGGUGGGAGGGACGACGACGGUUUACCUCGACGGCGACGACGGAGCGGGAGACGAGGAGACGCUUCAGAUUUGGGUGAGCGAUCCCAAGAUUGAGGCCGAUACGAGCGCGGCGCUCGUCGGUAAGCGCGUGACGCACUACAAGAUUACCACGCGCACCACGAUUCCGUCGUACAUUCACAAAGAGGUUGUGGUUUGGAGACGAUUUCGCGACUUUGUCGCCCUCGACGCCAGACUCUCGGCGCUUCACCGAGGCUAUUUCAUCCCGCCUCGACCGGAGAAGACGGUUGUGAGCUCGACGGGAGACAACUUCAUCGCAGAACGCGCGAUACAGCUGCAGCACUACCUCAAUCGCAUCGCAUCGCACUCCAAGCUUCGUCUCGGGGAUCCGCUUCGAAUCUUCCUCACUCACCAAGAUUUGGCGUCGAGUCUCGAUUGGUUCAACAUGACCGCGGGAAGGGUCAUCACGACGAUCCCGAGCGAUCUACCGAGUAGUCCGGAAACGCCACAACGCCCUCCGAUCGCGGUGGCGUCUCCUGGGCAGCCUCGUGACUUCGGUAGAUUUUUCAAAGAACUGAGACAGACUGUGGUGCAGUCGACGGCGGUGAGCGCCGUCGGCGGCGUGUUGGGGCUGGACACUCCCAAACCGAAAGUGAUGGAAGAGGACGCCGCGUUCUUGGUUGAAAAGGAUAGAGUCGUUCGCAUGGAAAAUGAGUUAUCCGGGAUGUCAUCCAAGGCGACGAAGUUGCUGACGUUGCAGCAAAAGUUUGGCGAAGCCGUGGGAGAGUUUGGUUUGGAGUGCUUGAAAUUUGCAAAGAUUCAAGAAGAGGAGGGUACGCGGUUAGGCAAAUACAGCGAGAAUGGUCUCGAGUGCAUGACUGCCGCGAAUGAAAUGAGAAAAGCUGGGAACACGUCAAUCAAGGUGAGCCGCGUCUCUCGCGCGGCGACGGCGCAGACGGCGCAAUCGCUCGAGCCGCUUCACGACUACUUGAAAAUCAUGCCCUCCGUUCGUAGGUCCAUCAGCGACCGCAAUGAAUCUCUCUUGACGCUUCAAACCAUGCUCGCUGAGGCGGAUAGAUUGGAAGCCAGAAUCGCCAAGCUCACGCCAGACUUCACCAAGAUGAAAAAGGUUGAAGAUUUGAAGCUCGAACUCGACGCCACGCGCGCGACUGGAGAGCAGGCAAAAGUCGAUUACAAAAUCAUCCAAGAUCGUCAUCGCGAGGAAUUCGCUCGUUUAGAAAAAGAGCGCGUCGCACAAUUUCACGCCAUGCUGCUCAACUACUCCCGUGUGCAAGUCGCCAACGCCGAACGUUCACUCUCUCUUUGGCGCGGCUUAGCGGAGGAAUUCGGCGCGUCCGCCGACGAGUGGCGCACACCAGAGCCAGAAAAAUCUGGCGAAGCCGACGAAACGACGCUCUAA